CCGAGGAACUUCUACCAGGAGACAGUGGUAGACACAAUCUGCAUUCAUUACGAAGAACGGAACUUGGAACUUAAAAAUAGACGUGAAUUGAGAAUGGGAGGUGAUGAAACCCAGAGGUUGCCAACAUCGGAUGGUAAGGUGAAACGCAAGGCAACCUUGCAGCAUGAGAAAAUCCUUGCCGAUUCCUUUUGCCUCGAAGCUGGAAGAUUCCAAGUUCACGUGGAUGAUGUCGUGUGGGACUGUAUGCUGAAUCAGGACGGAGCCCCAUACCACACGGCUGGCUUCGAGUUCCACGCCAUCGAAGAGACU